GUGGGGCGGAGGCCGAGGAAAGGACUAGAAGAGAACAUCUCAAACUGGUCUGUCCUUCCUUAGGGCAGGAGAUGUACGUGGGGUUUGGGUAAAUAUAAGCCUGUUUCGAAUACUGUGAACCAGAAACACUGAAAGCCCCAGAGGCUAUAAAGAACCCCGGGAAGGGCAAGAGGGGCCGAGCCCCACCCAGAGAACGACCCGGUUGGUUUCGGCCUUUACAAUUCCUGACAACUUUGAGCAACUGCAGCACCAGGCGCGCGCAGUGGGGGAAGGGAAGGGGGAGUACUAAGGGCUUGGUCAGGGCCGACCCCCUCCAUCCUCCAUCCAGUCGGGAGUCGCCUCCCCCUUCUCCAGCUCACCAAGCUCCGCCCCUCGUCUCCUCCCUCCUCCCCUCCGGAUUAACAGCUUCAGUUCCAGCAGCAGCCACGGGCCGCCGCGGAGGGCGGGGAUUGUGGGUGUAAAGCAGUGACUCGGCUGGGGCCUAAGGAAGUGGCUUCUCGCCUGGUGGACGGGCCGGAGCUCCUCCGCCCGUUCGCCCGCCGCAGCUCCUCCGAGCUCUCCCCCGCGGCCCCGAGUCGCGGGGCUGCACGCGGUCUUCACCGAGCGGAAGAGACUGGCCCUAUCGCCCGCGGAGGACACCCUCGAGCAGGUCCGAAUCCGGGGAAAGGGGCUUGGGGACCGUGAAGGGCCGGGAGUGGGGGGGCAACCGCUGCAGACCCGCCGCCGCUAACGCAGCUGUCGCGGCCGCUCCCGCAGCUCGAGAAAAGCCUUGAAACUUUUAUAUAGCUGGGCUGCGACCCCCCCCACCUUCCCCAUCCCCCACCGCCAGCUCAGGACCAAGGACGCCCCACCCCCGCGGCGCCAUUGCACCCUGGGAGAGUCGGGAUCGGACAAUGCUUGCUUCCUCUGGCCCUUUUGUGGUCCAGGCCUCUUCUCUCCUCCGCGCCUUCCCUCUGCUCCCUGUGUCCUAGUGGCUGCAAUUGCAGAGACCCCAAACGCUAAUAGAGAAGAUGAAGCUUACGGCAACAAAUGGCCUCCAUGAGGAGGAAAGCCCAGAGAGAGCCGAAUCCGAAAACGAAGAACUGAAUUCAAAUGCGGGAUUAGACCUGCCAUUUAUGAUGUUGCCCCACCCCCUACUUCCCGUUAGCCUGCCUCCUGCAUCAGUUGCCAUGGUGAUGCAUCAGAUGAACCACUUCAAUACUAUUUCCAACAUGGCUGCUGCAGCUCAGAGGCAGAGUCCACUCUCCAGAGCAGGGGCUUCUGUUAUUAAAGAAACCGACAGCUCUUCUCCUGCUACUUCUCCGGAACAGAGUGGUGGGCCUGAGGGCCAGGAUGCUUCUGGCUGCUCCCAAUCCCAGCUUGAGGACCCACCCAAGGUAUUUGCUGAUGAUGGAGAAAAAGAGCUUCCUGAUCAAGGUAAUGGAUCAAACCCCAAAAAACUCCAGAAGGAAAAUGUUCUAUCCCUCAGCCAAGAGCUUUUUAUUGAGCACAAGGUACUGUGGGGUACAAAAAGAAGCAUAAGACAGGGAACCUGCCCUCAAGAUGCUUACAGUCAAGUUUGGGAAGCAAGACAAACAGGAGAGAUGCAGAUUGCCAUUCCAGUAAUGAAACCAAACCUGGAUAAAGGUCAACUGGCAGGACAACUCGUGGCUCCUGGAUUCUCAACCCCAUUUAUUUUUGCUGAUAGCCUUUCCUCUGUGGAAACGCUCUUAACCAAUAUCCAGUUCCUGCUGAAAGUGGCUCUUGACAGUGCCCGUGUCCAGGAAAGGCAAAUGCAAGAAGAAAAGAAGGAGCUGAGAAUGGAGCUCUACAGAGAGAGGGAAAUGCGGGAGACCCUGGAAAGGCAGCUUGCAGUUGAGCUGCAAAGCCGCGCCACAGUUCAAAGGCGCCUGAAGAAAGAGAAAAAGGCCAAGAGGAAGCUACAGGAAGUCCUGGAGUUUGAAUCCAAGCGCAGAGAGCAAAUGGAGCAGGCACUGAGGCAGGCCACUGGAGGUGACAGUGUGCUCAGCAUCCUCAGAGGUUUUGGAUUCUCAGAAAGAGAUCUUGAAGGCAUUGGGACUGAGUCUGACAGUGCAGAAAUGCAGGAAAACAUCAACCCCACCACCAUGUACUGAGAGGACUUUCUAUUAAAAAAUAUAUAUAUCUAUGUAUGUACCAUCAUCCAUUAUCUGAAGACUCAUGUAUAUUUCAUUUAAGAAUACCCUACCAGCCUUUCCUUGCUGUCCAGUGCUGUGUGGAGAAUGAAAGUUGCAGCAUGAAGUUGGAAGAACCAUUUGUUACGUUUAAAUCUCCAGCAGCUUUGUGAAGAAACAUGGAAAGGUUUUAUAAGCUCCCCAUGCUAAGCUAAACCUGUUGCAGUUGAUUGUUUGUAGGACCCUACUCCCAGAGAACUUUUAGAAUUUCUAAGCACAUGCAAGAAUUAUUCCCUCUGAGAGAACUAACUUUUCCCCCACCCCAACCUUUAAAGAGGCAGUAGUUUUGUUGAACAAUGGCACAAAUAUAUUAAUCAGCCUGAAUCUUCCCCACUGGCUUUACCUAAGUGCAGAUCCUGAGUCCGCUUUUGCACCAAGACCAAUCACCGUGGAGCUGUUGCAGUUGUGUUCGUACUUUAAGCUUUGUUUACUGAACCAGAUAUUCAAUAAAUAUUACAUUUUGCUGAGAAA